AUGUCAAAAAUCGACGAUGAUUUGAAAGAAAAGAUAGAUCGUUUACCACGCUGGCAAUUUCGAAAGAGACAAAAAAUUGAAAAACGACGUAAAAAAAGAAAAGAGCUUGCUGAAAAAGAUACAUCAAUAACUCCAUCUAAAGAAAAAAAACCGAUAGAAUUAAUAGUAGAACGACAAAAAUAUGAAAGAGAAAAGCAAGAAUGGGAGAAGAGAGAAGAGCAAUUUAGAAUGAUUGAAUUGGCAAAGAAGCAUGCAAAAGAAAAGGAAGAGAAAGCAAAGGAGUUAUCACGGAAACGUUGGCAAGAAACACUGAUGAAUUUACCCAUGUUACCACCACAAUUCAGUGUAAAUAAUAAUACGACUACUACUAAUGACGAGAGUAUAAGUGUUCCUUUCAGAAAAUUUAUACAAUCUACAGAAAAUCCAAUCGAACCAUUACGACCUAGAAAAACGUAUCGUGAUCGUUUUCUUGAGAGGAAAAGGGCAGCAAGCAAGAAAAAAUGA